AUGCACCCCUCAGUCCUCGUCCUCGCGGCUGUAGCCGGCCUCGCAGCCGCGCACCCGCACAACGACAACGUCGUGCGCGCAGCCACCAACACUGCCCUCCAAACGACCUUCCCCAAGAGCUCAGGAACCUCUGCUCUUGCUGCUGCCAAGACCAUUGCCGCCAAAGCCACGUUCGAUGGUGGGAUGAAGCAAUGGGACCGCAGCACGAACACGUGCGAGGGCCAGACCGAGGGGGGCGACAAGGACGCAGUGUUCAUUCUCCAAGACGGAGCCACUCUCUCCAACGCCCUCAUCGGACCCAACAACGGCGAGGGUGUACACUGUCUCGGCACGUGUACGCUCAACAACAUUUGGUGGGUAGAUGUGUGUGAGGAUGCUGCGACGUUCAAGCAAACGAGUGGUACUUCCUAUGUCAAUGGUGGAGGGGCGAAGGGGGCGAGUGACAAGGUGCUCCAGCACAACGGUGGUGGCACCGUCGCGGUGAAGAACUUCUAUGCAGAAAACAUUGGCAAACUCUAUCGCAGCUGCGGCAACUGCUCCAAGCAGUACGCACGCAAGUCCACCUUUACCAACAUCAAGGUCGUGUCUGGCAAGCUGGUCGCGGGCGUGAAUGGCAACGAGGGCGACUCAACGACCAUCACGAACUCGUGUCUUAUUGAUACAAAGUUCUGUGAUCUGUACAAGGGUGUGACGAGUGGUGAACCGACGAAGACGCUAAGUGGGCCUGAUGGGAAGACGUGUGCUACGAGUGGGAUCAAGACGAGUGGGUGUUAG